CAUUAGCUUGUUUUGUAAAGGAAAAAUCUGGUGGAAUGUUAGGCAAUUAAACUCCACUACCCAGAAUGCCUUUCGACGUCCAGCCUCUAACUGUAAAGCGACUGGCGUGAAACUCAAAUCACGGGCGGGAGCUUCAGCUUGCCCUUUUAGUUUCAGCCGACUCCGCGCUCCGGCACAUUUAAACGUUUUUCACCUUUUCAAAAAUCGCUUUUUAAAUUCCCUUUCAUUUUUACUUCGGUUACAUAAAAGCGAAGUUUUAUCGGUCGUCCUUUUAGCGAAGUGAAUAAUUGCGACGAGUUUAAAAGUUAAACGGCAGCAACGAAACUCGCCGAGGGAGAAGUGAACUACCCAACAGCGUGAAGAUGAUUCUGAAAGGUCAGAAACGGAAACUGGAGCCGGAGGACGGGGAGGCGUCGGACCGGAGCAGCCCGACGUGGGAGAGCCAGCGGCAGUUCGUCUUCUCCGUGUCACUGAACAAGUACCAGCGCGGCCAGGAGCUGCCGGAGCCCAGCCUGCGCCGCUCGGUUCUGAUCGCCAACACGCUGCGGCAGAUCGCUCUGGAGAAACACGGUGAGUCGCCACGGGACUCUGCCUUAAUGUCCGGAGAACCGGCGACUCCGCCCACAAACCGCGGCCCAUCAGAGGACGAGGACUGGGGCUCGGCGGAGUCCGACUUCUCCCUUUCAGCCGCCAUUUCCUCCAUCCUCACUGCGCUGGACUCCACCAUUGAUGGCGGCCCGCAGGCAGCUCUGCGGACGCCUCUCCGGUCCCUGGAGAACCUCCCAGAGAGUGCCGGCGACGUGGCGAAACCCGGCUACGUGAACGACGUCAAUAUGGAGGAUCUGUUCCAGGAAGUAGACGCAUCCCUGCUGGGGAGAGUCGGCUACCCGGCCGAAGAGGAGCUGGUCUGCUACCUGCCGCCGUUCUCCUCCGCCUCCUCCAACUUCAAGUGUUUGCCUUCUUUCUCCUCCUUCAGUCCUCUCUCGUCCUCUUCCUCGCCUGACUCCGCCUCCUUCUCUGGUCCUAAUCAAAGCAGGGAAGCGUUUGAGCUGGAGCACCUGAUGGAGAUCUUGGUGGAGUCUUGACGACUUUCUCUAAAAUAAACAAAAACAAAAAAAAACUUCCAUCCUAA